CGGGAGUGGAGUGCACCGUGAUUCACAGAGUACCUCACCUCAGUCGCCCACCAAACCUAGAGCCAAACUAAACAAACCAAUCCACCUCAUCCACCGCCGACCGCAUUCCUGACCUUUGCAUCCUGUCUCGCACGUCACCCUCUCGACCAUCAGAAAAAUCCUCACCUACGUACAGAUAUCAAAUUCAGUUUCCCUCUUCGAACGAGCUUUUCCUGUGUUGAUCUUGGUUUUUGUUUGUCCAUCCGCUCGCAGCACACGGCGACUUGGUGACGGUUUUCUUUGUUACUAUUAUCACCACAUUUCGCUUCGCUUCUUCUCACACAUUUGAAUACUUGAUCAGCGACUCGCACAAAGCGACUACAAACGCAUCCGCAGCUUUCGCGAAGCCUUUCCCUACGAUUGUCGAUUUUUUUGUCUACUUUUCUUGACGCAGCUUUCUCCUCAAACGUCACAUUGUCACGCUUGAAGGAUAUGCUAUUGUAUGCGAGAAACAAUUACCAUUGACAAUAAUGACUACACGCAAUUGACACCGCGUCCCCAACAGCCAGGCCAACCAACACGAUUUGUACAACCUUGGCCUCAGCAUACAGAUUGCGUACUGCACAUAGCAACACAUUCACUACCAUGGAACCCUUACGACUUAAGCCCAGACAGCCCGUCGAGGCCGACAUAGAGAAUUGGGAUGACGAUGACUUCGUGGUAGAAGGCGACGAUCUAUCCUUCCGCAGCCCAUCUACUGCCACAAAUAAUCCUUCGCGACCAUCCUCUUCAAGACGACGCGAUUCUGGGUCAUCCCACUUUUCAUUUAGAUCUGAAUUCGAAGGAGAAGAAGAGCAACAUGUCCAUAUCCCGGGAGAUGACGAGAAGUCAACGCUGGAUGCCAUCGCCGCAGCCCAAAGUGCCGGCAUCCCAUUACCAUCAAAUGUUCCAUCCUCUGCUCUCAUGGGAGGUACUAUCAAACGUCUUGGUGGACGAAAGAUUCGCAAGAUCAUUCAAGACGAUUGGGAGAACGAUCUAGAGAUCCCCGACUCCUCACAGGGUUUGAAGAUGAAGAAACUAGAGCAACCCAAGUCCCCCGAGACCUCGCGACAUGUCAGCUUUGGAUCUACACAUACUAGCCCUAUGAGCUGGGGCAAUUCACCUCCGACUUCCCCCUUUGACAAAGUCAACCGACGUGAGUCUUGUCAAUCAAUCCAGUCUAUCCAAAGCAUGCAGUCUAUUCAGUCUGCCACAAGCAGUCUCUCUGCCGCCAUAAAUCUGGAUAGAUUUAAAGACGCUGAUGACGACGAUGACUUUUUUGGAGAUGGAGGUGAUACUAUUAGAGCCUCCAAAAACCGUCAACUUCCGAAACCUGUUUCCUUUAUCACACCGCCUACUCCUCAGAGAGAAGCCAAACCCUCCAACCCUGAGGAUGAUUUCGAGAUGGAUCUUGAACUUCCAUCAGACGGAAAACUUAAACUUUCUACUAGAAAGGAGAUCCCAAAGACACCUUCCAACCAGUCAGAGGAUCUGGACUGGGGAGAAGGAAGCUUGGGCACUCGAUAUGGUGGUACGAGGCGAGACGCACGUUCUGCCCGAAGCUCAGCGGCUUCUGCGCUUAGCCCAAGUGUGUCAAGUUCUAUCACUGCUGAAAGUGAAGAUGAAACAUUUGAUGGACUUGUCCUCCCUCCAGGGCCUGUUAACUGGACUGAGAGGCUUCAACAAAGGCGGAAGAGUCGAUCGCCCAACCGCAUUUCCGAAGAACCUAUUGUACCCGCAAAGAAGGUAUCGGCAGCUGAAGCCGAUAAGCCUGAUUUUCUUGAAGGCCUUGAUCUCGGCGAAGGAGAUGUCUUUGAUUCGAGCAAGCUCACUCUGCAUAAGAACGUCAGAGUCAAGGAAACACGACCGGCGAGCCCUGCUCGACCCAAAGCGGCAGUGUCGCUCACAUUUACACACAAACCACUCAAUUCAACUCGGAUACCUAGGUUGAAUCACCAUGAGCGAACACACUCAACAUCGUUGGAGCCUGUCUCCGAGAGUGGUGGCCCUAUCCCGCAGCGCACUCGUCGUUCUCAUUCCAGACUGGGUCACUCAUCCCAAUCCUCCAUCGUCAGCCUACCAACUCCCACUACAACCUCGCCAUCUCAUGGACUGCCACCCACUCCACGCAGGAGGGAAGUUAAUCUUCGCACCUCUACAAAUUCACUUCGAACUGAACCGACAACCACUAGUGCUCAGCUGCUUAAGCAGAAACGCUCCCUACCUGCAAUUCGUGGCCCGGCCAAGCAGCCUUCCUAUCGUCAUGAGAGGCCUCCUUCGAGGUCGGAGAACAAUCGACCAUCGUCUGGUGUGAGGCCAAAGACACCCACAGAACGUCAGCGACAUGGUGCGACAGAUAGCCCGGCAACUGUCCGCAAGUCUCAUUUGCCAUUUCUGCCUGCCGGCGCUUCUCAGUCGCAGUCACAGCACGUUGCUACAAAGCAGACUCGUGGAUUCCGUCGACAUGAUUCAGAUAACUCCAUCAGUUCUAUUGACCUACGCCCUAACUCUCGUACACUUUCCCGAUCGACAAUGCGAUCACCCAGUCCAAAUCAUCGUCACCGCGCCACUGCCGAUACUUGGGAGCGUCUGAGCAAGCCAAAGAACAAAAAGAACUUUGGCGAUGGCCACGAAUUGGACGGCUUUGAUGAUUUGCCCACAUCCAAAGAAACUGAAACGAAGUACCUGAAGCAACCGACUAGCUCAGGACCAAAAGUUGCUUUGCGUAACAGGCUGUAUCAAAACGUUCUGCCAGACCGGAACACUACCAUGUCUCCAUCAAUCCCCCCUACCCCUCGACCAUCCUUCACUCCUCACUUUGCUCGCGACACAGCUGCAAGUAGAAUUGCCCGGGAGACUGCGCUGGCUCAGCGGGUCCCUAGCAGUGGCCCGUUAACGCCUCUAAGCUCCCAGCGUGUCGCUCACCUUUCCUCGCGAGGCAAUCUGACGCCUACCAUUCCUCAGUCUAACAUUCGAUCGAGAAAGCACAAGCGACCACAACAGACCAAGCCACACCUAAUCUCAAACUUGAAUAGUGGCAAAGAGUCUAAGAUGGUGAAUGGUAUGUUCUAUAAUGCAGACACAUACAGAUGGGAAGGCAAUGAGAACGCCCUGAAUGUUUUUGAACCCCCUGUACAAACACCUACCCAAGCUGUUGUCUUAAGCAAUACCCGCGAGAAGGAAACGUCGACACCUCGUCCUGCACUCAUUACCAACAUUAGCGCCACCAAGGGCGUUCAAGUUGUUGGUGGCAUGGUUUUUGAUCCACAGAACAUGUGCUGGCUUAAACUUGAUAAUCCUGCUAAGCCUACCUCUGAGACCAGCGACACUAUGGAUGGCUUUGACGCGCUGGACGACGAAGACGUUUUCAAGGAUAUUCCUGACUUGGAAGAUAACACUGCUGCCGACGAUGAGGGCGCUCAGGGUCGCGUUAGCGACAUCAAGGACGAGUGGCUCGUCGGCGAAGAAUUUGAUGUUGGGCCUGAAUUCAUCAGGCGGCAACGAGAAGAAGAAGAUCGGUGGAGAAAGAAGUGCGAGAAAUGGAUCGGCCGAGGAUCCAGAGAUCGCGAAACCUGGCGUUGGACGAUACGCGAGCUUGUCUCACAGUUUGACGAUUUGGCGGCUAUGUGAGAAAACUCAAGCCUCACGGCUCUUUGCCAUUCUUCGGCAUCACUGUUAAGCAACAACUUGUAAUACGCACACUCACCAUGCCGAGCAAUUGUGGACACACAAUAUGGCAGAGUCACCUACACGAUUUAUGGAACAAACAACUGAUUGUCAUGAAAGGGAUUACGGCUGGAUACCCCGGGUGGUUUGGGUCAACAUGACUCACUCUGGUUUUUGAUAUUUUUGUUGCUCGAUUUUGUUUUGUUUCUUUGCCAGCGCCAAAGGGAUAUUGAUGACGACCAUGUACUAUAUGGCAAAAAAGGGUUGGGCUGGCUUUGGGUUCUGGGGAAUGAUAGAAAAAAAUGGCGGCCAGCGGCAAACCCCCUUACGGCUGGGAAGCUGGGCUAUUUAAUGACGAGAUGAACUUUACGACCUGCUUUAUUAGCUACGACAUUCUUUUAUUUAUUUCUUUUGUGGUCUAGUUAGAUUUUAUAUCAAAUGAGAUGCUUAUAACAAUACGAGAAUGCCCUUGUGGUU